AUGAACUCGGACACGCUUCCCUCCUCCACGGCGUCGUUUUGGUGCUAUAGUUGCACGCGUUUCGUUCACCUUUUGGAUCAUAGUGACGUCGUUUGUCCGCACUGUACAAGCGGUUUCGUGGAAGAGAUUCACGCCGGUAACUCUCCGGCAGUUUCCUUAUUUGCCGACGGUAUCCAUUCUUCGAGGAGACAAACCUCCCGCCGGAGACGUCGCAACGCUGGCAAUAGAUCGCCUUUUAAUCCUGUAAUUGUUCUUCGCGGACCUAGAGAGGACGGCGGCGGUGGCGCUGAAAGCGAGGGGAGUAGCUUUGAAUUGUAUUAUGAAGACGGCAACGGCGCCGAUCUACGUCCGCUUCCGCCGAAUAUGUCGGAGUUGUUGCUUGGUUCCGGAUUCGAUCGAUUGCUUGAGCAAUUCUCUCAGAUCGAAAUCAACGGUUUUGGUAGGGCGGAGAAUCCGCCGGCGUCGAAGGCGGCGAUAGAGUCAAUACCAACUGUUGAUAUCACCGACGCGGAAGUAGAAGAAGAAACGCACUGUGCGGUUUGCAAAGAGGCAUUCGAGCUUGGUUCGGAGGCGUGUAAGAUGCCGUGCAAGCACCUUUACCAUUCCGAUUGCAUUCUCCCAUGGCUUUCUAUGCGAAAUUCGUGUCCGGUCUGCCGCCACGAGUUACCUUCCGAUCAAAACCAAAACCAAAACCCCUCGGAGACUAGAUUAUCGGGUCAGACUGACGAAGAAGCGGUUGGAUUGACGAUAUGGAGAUUACCAGGAGGUGGAUUCGCCGUGGGGAGAUUCACCGGUGGUCGGAGAGCCGGUGAGAUUCAGUUACCGGUUGUUUACACAGAGAUGGACGGCGGCAAUAACUCAAACGAAGAUUCUAGAAGCAUCUCGUUGGCAGUAGGAAGCAAUAGAGUUAGAGAGAGACGUGGAUUUCGCAGAAUUUUUCGAAAUUUUUUAUCCUUUUUUGGUUCCGUUAAUUUAAACCGCAGCGUUUCUGGUUCUAGUUCGUUUUUUAGUAGAAGUUCACGGAGAAGAAGCAGAACUUGGGUCACGGAAUAA